AUGUUCGGUGUCAAGCGCAAAGUGUUACAAAAAUAUCGCCAUCCUCUUGCUUGCGGAAAGUUUUGGCAUACAGGCGGACACAUAUCACACCAUAGAUACGUGGUUUUGGGACUAACGACAAGAAAGGUCUGUAGUCACCUUCUAGUCGGUAACGGUUCAAACGUUAUGCCUUAUCCGGCCUGCUGGAUGCAAGUGUGUGCUCCAUCACUAAGGGCGUUUAUAACGGUCUCACUAGGUAUAACUGAUAAGGUUCACGAUGUUAUCUGA